UGUGACUCAGUUGGAAGAGUUAACAUUCACGCUUUACAUCGUUUGGAAUAUUGUAUCACAUAAUGCACACACUUUGCUAAAGUUUUUUCUGUCACGCUAAAAGGCCUUCUCUUAACUCACGCUUUGUUUGUGCUCUUACUCUCUAUAUAUAGCUGUGUGUGUCUAUGCAUUCAAUUCAUUCUUCACUGUAUAUUACUCUGUUUUUCUUUUACAGUUUUGAAGGAUUCAAAGCGAUCUAUUUUUGAUUUUCCGGCAGAAAAAGGUAUUUGUAAAUGCAGUUUAGUUUAGUUUCUGUAUAUGUUUUUUUAAUUUUGACUGAUGAGCAAAGAUGUACCUUUGACUCAGGUGAAGAAGAUGGAGUCAGGGGACGACUUUGUUUCAAAGAGGAGAACUAGACAACAAUCUUUAAAACAUAUGGUGGAGAUUGUUGAAAAGAGGGACGAGUUGAGUCAAAGUGGGGAUUCUACGAAUGGAAGGAAAAGAAAAAAGAUGGAGAAUUCUGGAGUGGAAAACAAUGGGAGGAGGAAGUUCAGUCGAGGAACUUCUGAGUACUUAACAAAGCAGAGUUGCGUUGAGGAAGUAUCUGAUGAUGAUGAUUCGUCAUCGGAGGAGACUGGUCCUGAUCCUGAUGUUGAUGUUGAUAUUGUUGAGGAGGAGGAGGGCAGUGAUCCUGAUGUUGUUAUCGUUGCGGAGGAGGAAGAGGAGGAGUUGGAGGAGGAUGAGGAUGAGGAGACUGAUCCUGAUGCAACCUCAUACUAUAAAUCAGAAAUCGAAUGAGGUUGUUCAUAUGUCAAAUGGGGAACCACAAUCUUAA